AUAUAACUCUGGAGGAUUUCAAUUCCUUGGUGUUUGUGGACAUGCAGCAGCAUAUAGGGUGCUAUCCAUUAUACGUUGCAAAUACUUUGAAGUGCUGUAUGGAUCAAUCAUAGGUGCAAUCCAUUAGACACUGCAAACACUUUGAAGCGCUUAAAAAGAAGUCAUUGGUCUAUAUUGUGCUUCAAAGCAUUUGUAGCAUCUAAUGGAUCGUGCACCAUAACUUUUCUUUGAGCACUUCAAAGUGUUGCAGCGCCUAAUGGAUCGCACCUAUAGAAAUAGAAACGAUGGCGGAAGGGUUGCAUAUAAAUGGGAUGUAUCGUGCGAGUCUAUUUUUGUAAGAAGAAUUUUGUUAGAAUUAUCUUUCUUAGAUUUGUCAGAUCUUGUUGCAAUCGUUUGUGCCACGAAAUUCGGUCGUUGGAUCUAUCAAAAUGACGGAAAAAUUACCCGAGGAGGUGACAAAAAUGAGUUUCCGUCGAAAAGUAUGGGAUUACAUGACAAAAAACGAACUGGUGAACUUCCCUGUUAGUAUACAUAAACGUAUUCCAAACUUCAAAGGUGCUGCCGAGGCAGCACAGCGACUAGCUGAAUUGGAUGAAUUUAAGAAGUCAAAAACUAUAAAGAUAAAUCCAGACAAACCACAAGAACCAGUGAGAUUUUUGGCUCUGGAGGCUAAUAAGGAGAUUAUUGUACCCAUUCCCAGAUUGAGAUCUGGUUUGUUUCUACAUGUUACGCCUGUUGCUGGUAUGACAAAAGAACAAUUAAAAACAUUGGCUUCUAUGCAUGGUCUGGAGCAAUCUGGUAAACCACUGGGGCUCGACUCCCAUAUUAAAGUAGAUCUCGUUGUACUGGGAUCCGUAUGCGUCAGUCGGGACGGAUACAGGCUGGGCAAAGGAGAGGGUUUUGCGGAUCUCGAGUUUGCGAUGAUGAUGAGAAUGGGUACGAUAACGGAGAACACGAUUGUUAUCACAACUGUGCACGAUUGCCAGAUCGUAGAUCAUCUACCGCCACAGUUAUUCAAAGAGUAUGACGUGCCGGUGGACAUAAUCGUCACGCCAACGCAGACUAUAUUUGUUGAGCUGAGACAGAAGAAGCCGACCGGCAUUUUGUGGCAGAUGCUCAGUGAAAGAAGACUUAAAACCAUGCAGGUAUUACAGCAGCUCAAAGAGAUGGAUGAAAAAGACGGCAAAGACGUGGUUCUGAAAGAAGUCGAUUCUGACGUGGAGACGCGUCAAUAUAUCAAGAAUCGUCUUAAAUAUCCGAAAAAUAAAAAGCGCCUUGGCGCAAAGAGGGAUGUGUCCAAUACGGAGAAGAAGAACUUUACUGCAGAGGAUGUCAAAGAUAAGAUUGACAAGCCGCGUUUUCCGCGAAAACGUUCAUACAAGAAGGUGAAAGUCGAAGAAGAAAACAACUCUCCGAAUAUCAAAGUACGCACGAAAACAGAAAAUAGUACCAAAAGUACGUCUCGCCUGCGUAAAAAUCUACGCGCUAGAACGAGGGCGCAUAUCGACUUCUCCUUGAAGCUCUCGAACAUUUCGUCCGGUGUCAGAGUCCGCGAUCUAAAGAACGCUCUGUUGGAGCGUGGCGUUAAGCCGAGCGAAAUAACUUGGCAGGGUUAUCGCGGCAUUUGUUACCUUCACUUUAGUAAGCUGAGAAGCGAGACCACUUUGCCGGAUCAACCGCUCCAGGUAGAUUCGAUCGUGGCGAAUUUGCAGCAGCUACGAAUCGGCGAAACCGCGAACGACGAGGAGGGUUUCAUACACGUAGAGCCCGCGAAACCAAUCUCCAGAAUCGAAGUAACUGACGUGACUACCGUUUAAACAUUUAUCAGAAGCUACAUAGUUAGCGUAGUUUCUCGAACGUUUAUAUCAUUUUGACAUUAAACGAAUGAUCGAAUAUUUUACAAAAGUUUAUUUUUUGUAAAGAAAAUUUUUAUAAAAUCACGUGUGUACAAGAUGUUUCAGACAACGAGUACUUUCCGUUAGUUACGAAUCUUUUAAUGAACGUUCGGAACUUUUCUUUUUAGCGGUUAUAUUCUGUUGGAAAUUAGAAAUUUCGGCACAAUCACUUUAAUUUUUUUAAAUUUUAUUUCUGUGAUUUGAUGUGCAUGUAGAGUCCGUUUUCACAUUUAAUCGUUGCAUUAAACAAAGAACUUGCCCAUCGAUUUAUACGCGUUAUAAUAAUGCCAUAGUAUCAGAGAUCGAUAUAAAAUUUCGCUCAAGAGAACUCUAUUCCGAAUUCGUUGGGAAACUGUAGUUUUGACAGAAAUGCGUGACCACCAGGGGGCAUACUGUAAUAGUUUUUUUUUUACUUUACAAUAGAUAUCAGCUUCGCCGCUUUAAACAUACGCAAUAUAUAUUUGUGUUAACGAUUAAGAGAACGUUUCUUUUUAAUGAUUAUUUUACAUGUUACUGUUACUUCACUUAGAUCUAUAUUGCAGUUGUACUUGAGAAUUAAUUAGCGGUGACUCGUCGAUGGCGACGAUCCGAGAUUGGUUCGGACUGGUUCGAACCUGGUGCAAUGCGAAUCUAUUAAUAUUAAUGGUUGUUACUAUUAACACACAGAGAGAUACUACGUAUUUUUGGCUAAUGAUCUUAUUUAUGUUACUUCUGUAUUAAUAAGCCGUGUCACUGUGACGUAGGGGAAAAUACCGCCAACUUUCCAGAAAAUUCGUCGCAACGCGCAUAAUGAUCUGUGAUCAAAAGAUACAUUAGAAGUAGAACAGCUGCGCCAUGGAGAAAUAUAGUAAACGCGUAAUUGUUAAAAAUACCAGGACAACCGUGCAGCAACCGAUGAAAUUGGAGGUUGAAUCACGUUUUUUUAAAUAACGAUUACUCUCUCUUAGAGAGAAACGCAAAGAAAACUGUCGGUGUUAGUGAAAGAUCAAAAGUAUAUCUGUUGGUUCAUAUUCAAUCGUUAGAGUGAUUCGUAGGAGGUAUGGAAAAUAAGUCAAUUGCUGCUGUAUUUGUCCGUGGAACAGCGAAAAGUAAUCGUAUUUGAUGUUUUUUUAUAUUCUUUGUAGACAAUGAGUUGAGAUUAAUUGAUGUGAGUAGAAUGCGAUAUAUCUGCGAUAAUAUUUGGUACCAAUCAUCUAACAGACUGAUGACAAUAGUUUACAUGUUUAAAAAAUAUCUGAGAUAACAAGUUGGAGACGAAUUAUCAUAUCUUUCUUCUCGUAUAGGGAGAUAAAAUAGAGAUGAAUACAGAGAAAGAGAUGGAGAGAGAAAAAAAAUAGAGAGAGAGGGAGAGAGAGAGAGAAAGAAUACUCUAUUUUUCUGAAUACAUAUUCUCAUAAAUAAAAAAAGAUAUAUAUAUAUAUAUGUAUAUAUAUAUAUAUAUAUAUAUAUAUAUAUAUAUAUAUAUAUAUAUAUAUAUAU